UUGUAUCCGUGUGAGGCCGGCCUGUACGAAGCCCACCAACCAGGAAGUAGAUGAAGAUAGUUGUUCCGACAUACACGUUGUAUUUCAGUACAGAUAUGUGGCCAGGAUGAUCUCUCUACGUAUCAUACUUGGAUUGUUUCAUCUAACAUGUGUGAUCAGGACAGGGAGCUCCUGUGGGGGAAACUCUGCAUUAAAAGUUGUAGAGAUGUGUAAAGGAGGCUCAACCACAGACCGUCACUUCUACCUACGCGGGUCUCCAGCAGGCGGUGUACAGCGGUGUGACUGUAACCUGACUAUCACAGGUGCUGCAGCGACAGUGUAUUUUACUCCAGUCAGCAUGACUAACAAUGGAACAACCUGUGGAGGUACACUGACACUGGUUGAUGGUUCAAGGAGAGACUGUGGAUGGACGUCCACGACACCUGCACUUAUGUAUCAAGGUACCAAUGUGGUCUCCUAUGCCUUCAACUCUCCAGAUGUCAGGUUUUGUGUAGAAAUAGAGAUAACCGCAGCAGCGGCCAACAUAUCUACAGAAUGCCCUCUUCCUAUAACGACCACGACACAACCGUCUCAAUCAAUUACAACGGCAGCGCAAACAACAACGGUUAACUUCAUUGCUUCAUCAAUAUCGACGACUACAGCGUUACCUGCAAAAACAUCCCCACUUCAUACCGAUAACUUCACAUCAUCUUCCACAUCAACACCUAGUUCAAAUAAACCUUUGACUACGUCGACACUUACCACUGUGUCGACGUCUACCACUAUGGCGCCAACAGUGUCAUCGUCAGAACGCCGAACAACUUCACCCGUCACAAACACUAAAUCUUCUGCCGAUGACAGUAAACCUGGCACAACAUUGGAACAAACGUCUUUCCCCGUGGCCGCUGUUGCCGGUGGUGUCGGUGGUGGACUCCUACUUCUCCUUGUCGUAGGCAUCGUUGUGAUACUGUGUUACAGCAGGGGUCGCCGUGUUGACAAACAAGAAGAUGACAAACAAUUGCAAGAAGAAAGCAAAGGUCCAACCGAGGUCAUCACAGUCACAAACAGUCUGUACGAAUCAUCAGCAGAUAUGAAUAACGCACAACCGACUAAGCCGCUUACCACUGUUGAACAGCAGGUCAACAACCCAACAGUUGAAGGUAAACUUCAUCCAGGACUGACAUCCGACAUAACACCUGCUACUGUAGAUCAGCACAACGGUAAGUCCACUGUCGCUGACCAGCAUUGCGGAACAACUGGUAGUACUGCGCCGCAAGACGAAACGCCUGAUGAACACCGAGACGGACCACCUGACAUGUACGCAGUUGUGAUCAAGCCAAAGAAGUCGUUGGAAGCCACAAACAUUGCUAAAGAGUCAGUUCACACUGACCCUGAAAAUGUUUCCAAAGACAAGUCGCCCCCUCCGAUAGACCCUGCCGCUAUUUAUGCAAAAGUUAACAAGCCAUCCCCGAAAACAAAGCUAUAGAAUUUAUUGAUUAAGUUUUCUUGACAUCAAGUUAUCAACUACAGACAUGUGACUAUGUAACGUAUGGAUUAGGAUGUUCAUGGUUUUAAUCAUGAUCUAUGUUCGAUCUAUGUUCAGGGAAUAUACACUAUUGCUUUUUCGAUACACAGAAGCUCUGUGAGUAAUCUUCCUUGUAAAAUGUACACGGUUGACCCUGUCGUCUGAGGUCUUGCAAUUCGUUGUGCAGAAAUGCGUCUCUUGUAAGGUCUUUUGUCUGGUACGACAGAACAACUAUAAUCGUGGGCUCGAAGCCCGACUCGCCCGAUUAUGUUUCGGUCUAUCAGCAUCAUAUCAAUGAUCGUACGGUUUUCAUUGUCUGACACAUUCAUCACUUCUUCUUUUCGUCCAUGAAUGAGCUUACACGCAUUGUCAUAACAUGAAUCUUGAUUCCACUCUCUCACUCAUAUCCCUUCCAUACUUAAUCUGGAUCUUUGUUACAGGAGGGUACAUAUCGGUAUGGGUGUGACGUAAAUAGACACAUCUUUCAUCAAUUCCUAAGUUUUGUUUUCUUAAAACAUACUUGUGUGUUCAACUUGUUGAACGUAUUCUGGACAUUACCACUGUCAAAUUUAUGUACACAUAAAGCACUGCGUACAAAUUGA